GGCUGUUAGUUGACUGCAGGUGAUCAUGUAGCGAACACAAACAACGACGAGGGGUGCAAGCUGAGGCCUAGAGUUGAGCUAAAGAAAACAGCAUUAACAAGAGAGUUCACGGCCUUUGCAUUAGCCCAGUUUUAUGCAGAAGUCAGUGAAAAUGCAGUGCACCCCUGAAUCAAAUGUCUACCGUGAGGGCUGCAAAGGCCAGCACUGUUAUGAUGACUGCUCUGACAGUGGAUACUCGGGUUUGUUUCACAGUCCACAGAACAUCUGUGGAGUUGACUCCUGUAGGGCUUUGUCUCCAGUUGAAUUCAGUGAAACACCCAAAGAGAACCUCUGGCUGUCUGUCACUCCCAAGGACAGGAUAAGAGAACCAGUUUUGGGCAAAGACUCCAGGAGAAUACAGCGGCCAACAGCACUUAGCUGGUGUGAAACUCCUAAAGUAUACAAAAGAGAUGCCUCGCUGCGACACCGGCUUCUAAUGUGCAAACCCAACACAGAUGUUAAAAAUGACACAAGAUCACCAUGCACAAGAAAGACUGAGUCUUCCAGCAGGUCUGAACACUGGCUCAGUGCAUCAUUUGACUCUUUAGACACUGUGACAGGGGCUUUUGCAUCAAGCACUUUAAAAUUGGAGCAGGAUGUGCCACUGUCUAGUAGGAAACGUCGACUCCUCUUCGCUCAGGUGAGGACAUCCACUCUUGAAGAUGGUAAACUCAACUCUGGUUACCUUUCCAGUUUUCAGAGAAGAGUUUCACUCUCAGAUGCAGAUUUCAGUGAGAGCAUCACUGCCUCUGGUCAGAUUAACUUUGAGACUCCAUGCUAUAUCAAAUCCUUGACUGCCUCGACUAAGGAGAAUUCUCAAUCACCUGUCAGCGGUGUGAACAAUAACCUUAAUGACAGCUCGAGCAUCUUGAGCACGCCCUCAUCCACCCACACACCCAAAUAUAUCAGGUCUGUGUGUGAGGACAGUGGUUUUAGCUCCCUUGAUAAAUCUCAAGACUCCUCUGUGGACCAUGAUGGCUCAUUCCAAGAGCUGCUGCUCUCUGCCUCCAGAGGAAAAUCUGAAACCCCAAAUCUGACAGAGUCAAAGCGGCGCUCCCGUUUGCAGCGUCAGCACAGGCUUUCUACACUUAAAGAAGGGGGCUCUCAGUCUGAGGAGGACCCAGCGGAGAGGAAGAUAGAACAUCUUCAUCAGUGCCACAGCCAUUCCAAAGAGGAUGAGGUUUUUGCUGAUAAUGCCACUCCUUGCAGUGUCCUUUCUACUAAAUGUGGUAAUAGCAUGGUCUCUGAUAGUUCGGCCUCUACAAAACAAGACAAUGCCACCCCGCUAAGAGCAGCUGCAUCUAAGCCACAAAACACAACACCUUUUAGCGCAACUCCUGCUAAACCAGAUGUCACUCCUCUCAGGACGACCCCUGUCAAUCUGUCUCUGACUCCAGCUUUGCAGCUGGUUCACGCUAUGUGCCAGCAGAAAGCCCACAUAUUUGUAGGCCAGAGUCCGAGCCUGAUGGAGCAGCUUAAUGCCACAGCAGUUCUGGGGUUCAGGACCACCAUGCCGCUGGCAGGGCUGAUUGGCAGGAAGAUGGGCCUGGGGAAGGUGGACAUACUCACAGAGCUGAAUAAAAGGAACCUCAAGCACAUCCUGGCUGUCAUUCUUAGCCACUUGACCCCUGAGAGCAUCUAUAGGUGUGGUCAGGUGUCCAAAAGGUGGGAUGAAAUCAUCCAACAAGACAAGCAAGCUAGUUUUAAGAGAAGAAACUACCUGAGUGAAUUGGAGGCUGCUCUUGAGCACAGUGGAGCUGUCCAUGUCCCUGAUGCAGAGACCAGACUUGCUCUGCUUAAGAGAUCGGCCCUCAAGACGGUUCAGGCCCAGUCCAGGACGUCCAGCUUCUGCACGCCGCAGUCUGCAAAUAGCACUUUAACCCCAUCACAGCACAGCAUCUUAAAUUCAGGCAGCAGCAGCAAACGGGAUAAAUUUCUAGAAGUUGCCAAAACCCUCUUCAACGAUGAGUGCCUAAAGCCUUGCCCUCGAUGUGAGCAUCCUGCAAGGUGUCACUCAGUGAAAGGGGAGGGCGUGUGCAGCAGAGCCGACUGUGGUUUCCAGUUUUGCAUAGCCUGCUUGUGUGCUUUCCAUGGCUCAAGAGAAUGCGGCAGCCGGUCUGCAGGCCGUCGCAAAAAGGAUAUCAUUCUUCCAGGAAGCGCUCAAAGCAAGCGAAAUGUUAGGAGACUAUGAGUGUUUUUUUUCUGUGCCAACGUCACUUUAGUAUUUUUUUACAACCUUACGGUGAAAAUGAGGCUUUGCAAUAAGGAAACUGAUUUGUUGCCUGUACAUGAGAAUAUCUCCUGUACUUUUCAGUGUGUCUCUGUGCAUGUCUUCGUAUUGUAUUUUCACUCUUUUUCAACAGUUCUUACUCUUUGUGUUUUUAAUUAUGAAUUUGAUGAAGUCUCACCAGCAGAACAAUGAAUUUUGCUGUUGGUGUACUCCACACAUGUUGAUAAACUGUGCAGAAUGUUGGUUUUUUUUGGAAUUCCUCUGAGAUUUUCCACUUUUACCAAUGUGAUUUCACAUUAGUUUUAAAAUAAAUUACAUUUUUUACA